AUGGACACCGAAAACAGCGAGUGGGCCAGCGAGCCCAUUGCCAUCAUCGGCAUGAGCUGCAAAUUCUCUGGCGGCGCCAGCAACCCAGACAAGCUCUGGGACCUCAUGGCUUCAGGGAAGACCGGCUGGAGCGAAAUCCCAGAAGAUCGGUAUAAUAUUAAAGGAGUCUACCAUUCCAACCACGAAAGAACUAGUACGACACACGUCAAGGGUGGCCACUUUCUUGAGGAUGAUGUAGCAGCAUUUGAUGCGGCAUUCUUCAACUACUCGGCGGAAAUGGCCCAGGUGGUUGACCCGCAAUUCCGGCUGCAGCUUGAGUCUACUUAUGAGGCGCUCGAAAAUGCUGGCCUACCUCUCUCGCAGGUGAUGGGAUCACAGACAUCCGUAUUCGCUGGUGUUUUCACGCAUGACUACCAAGAGGGAAUCAUCCGAGACGAAGAUAGGCUGCCCCGUUUCAACGUAGUGGGCACAUGGAGCCCCAUGUCAUCCAACCGCAUCUCGCACUUCUUUGACUUCCGUGGUGCCAGUAUGACUCUGGAAACGGGAUGUUCUACGACACUGGUGGCCCUGCAUCAAGCAGUACACACCUUGCGCAAUCGCGAGGCCGACAUGUCCGUGGUGACGGGAGCCAACGUGAUGCUGAACCCCGACACAUUCAAGGCGAUUGGGUCACUGGGAAUGCUGUCGCCCGACGGCAGGUCAUAUGCAUUUGAUUCGCGCGCUAACGGGUACGGUCGCGGAGAAGGCGUAGCCACCAUCAUCAUCAAGCGACUGUCGGACGCACUGGCUGCUAACGACCCCAUUCGGGCCGUGAUCCGCGAGACGGCCCUGAAUCAGGACGGCAAGACAGACACUAUCACGACGCCAUCCGGCGCCGCCCAGAUCGAGCUCAUGCAGGAAUGCUACCGCCGAGCUGGCCUCGACCCGCGUGGCACUCAAUACUUUGAGGCCCAUGGCACGGGAACUCCAGCCGGUGACCCAAUCGAGGCGGGAGCUAUGGCCGCGAUCUUUGGCGGAGGUGAAGGCCGCGACAAUGAGGAGAACUACCUGCGCAUUGGCUCCGUCAAGACCAACGUGGGCCAUACUGAGGCCGCUUCGGGUCUCGCCGCCAUGGUCAAAGGUGUCUUGUGCCUCGAGAAGGGGUUAAUUCCGCCCACUGUAAACUAUGAGACUCCCAACCCGAAGCUCAAGCUUGACGAGUGGCGUCUCAAGGUGGUGAGGACGAUAGAGCAAUGGCCUGACAGUCUGGUUGAUGGUCCGCACCGUAUGUCGGUCAACAACUUUGGCUACGGCGGAGCGAAUGCCCAUGUCAUUCUAGAGAGCGCGGACCCAUGGACUUUAACACCAGGUCUGGAUCUCAGCCCCGUUAAUGGCAAUGGCAGUCACAGUGUGAAUGGUAAUGGGCAUUCCAACGGCAACGGCUAUACUAAUGGCAGCUAUCACACGAACGACACCACUGAUGACACCAAAGUGUUAAUCCUCAGUGCGCGCGACGAGCGGGGCUGCCAGCAAAUGGCUUCAGACCUCAAGGCUUAUCUGAAAAAGCACAAGUCACUUGGACACGAAGCCUCCGAGCAGCUGCUGCGUAAUCUCAGCUACACGUUGGGUGAGCGCCGGACGCUCUUCCAGUGGGUUGCGGCGUACCAAGUGCGUCUUGAGAAGGACGAUACCCUUGACGCUGCCAUCCAAGCCCUUGACUCGCCUCGUUUCAAGCCCGGCCGCCGAGCCUCGGAUAGUCCUCGCAUCGGCAUGAUUUUCACCGGCCAGGGCGCGCAGUGGUAUGCCAUGGGUCGCGAGCUACUGUCGUCGUACCCUGUUUUCCGCCAGUCUAUUGAGGAAGCCGAGGCGUACCUGCACGCCCUUGGGGCUGACUGGUCGCUCCUCGAGGAGCUACAGCGCGACCGAAAGACGACAAGGGUCCACGACACGAAGAUCAGCAUUCCCGUGUGCGUGGCGCUGCAGAUCGCAUUGGUACGCCUGCUUGAAGCGUGGGGCAUCACACCAUCUGCUGUCGCAAGCCACUCGUCGGGCGAGAUCUCAGCUGCCUUUGCCGUGGGUGCCCUCACACAUCGCCAGGCCAUUGCGACAGCCUACUACCGCGCCGUACUCGUAGCAGACGAGACAAAGCGCGCACCCGGAGCUGCCGAGGGUGCUAUGGCGGCCGUCGGCUUGGGUGUUGAGGCAGUGCAGUCCUAUCUCGACAGAGUGACAACGGCGAACGGCAAAGCUGUUGUUGCAUGCGUCAACAGCCCUCAGAGUGUCACCAUCUCUGGUGAUGCUGAUGCCGUUCAAGAGAUCGAGGACUUGUGCAAGGAGGAUGGCGUGUUCGCUCGUCGUCUCAAAGUCCAACAGGCAUACCACUCACACCAUAUGGAUCCUUUCGCUGAUGCCUACCGGGAGUGCCUUCGAGUCGAAAUGGCGCGGGGUGUGGCUCAAAGUAGCAAACAACAUCCGCAGGCAGCCAAACAACAACUUAAGGCGGUGUUUUCGUCCGCAGUCACUGGCGGACGUAUCACCGACAUUAAGGACCUCGCCAAUCCCGACCACUGGGUUGGUAGUCUGGUACAGGCGGUCGAGUUUGUGGACGCCGUUACUGAAAUGGUGCUGGGCGAUCCGGAUGACCCGACGGGCAGAAGUGUGGACGUAUUGCUCGAGGUCGGCCCUCAUACGGCGCUAGGAGGCCCUAUCCGCGAGAUCUUAUCCCUGCCCGAGUUCGAGGGCCUCGAGCUCCCAUACUGGGGCUGUCUAGUACGCGAUGAACACGCAGGCGACAGUAUGCGAUCGGCCGCCAUCAACCUGUUCCGUGAAGGGCAAUCCCUAGAAAUGAACCAGAUCAACUUCCCCGUGCCUGCAUACGACGACGAGAGCCCUCAGGUCUUAACAGAUUUGCCAUCAUACCCAUGGAACCACGCUAUGCGUCACUGGCAAGAGUCAAGAGUCAACCGGGCCAUUCGCGAACGCAGUCAGCCACCUCACGAACUCCUCGGCAUGCCCGUCGCUGGCAAUGACCCCAGCUCGGCUGUGUGGCGACGUAUGUUGCGCGUUACUGAAACCCCGUGGGUCCGUGAUCAUAUGGUGCAAGGCAGUAUUGUGUACCCAGGCUCGGGCUACAUUUGCCUCGCGAUUGAGGCCGCUAGGCAAUUGGAGAAGGCCGGUACCACCAACGAAGGUAUCUCGGGAUUCCGCCUGCGCGACGUCAACUUCCUUUUCGCACUUGUUAUUCCAGACAGCGCGGAGGGAGUUGAGAUCCGAACCACCCUUCAGUCUGUCCCUGAGCGGGAAAUUGGCGCCCGCGGCUGGCGGCGCUUUGAGGUAUCGUCAGUCACACUGGAUAACCGGUGGACGCUGCACGCCAAGGGCAUGAUCAUGGUCGAGCGGGAGGCGACUGCCAUUGAGACGGCAGAGCACCGUCCGUUGUCUACUUACACCCGCCAGCCGGACCCUUAUGACUUGUUUGCCAACCUCAGGGCACGUAGCGUCUAUCAUGGCCCCCUAUUCCAAAACACAACCAAGAUCAUCCAGGAUGGCCUGGAACCACGAUCCGUAUGCGACAUCACGAUCCGUCAUGAAGUUUCGUCCGAUACAGACCCAGUUGUAGCGGCACAGAACACCUUGCUGCAUCCGAUCACGCUCGAUGCUGUUGUUGUGGCGUUCUAUUCCGUACUGCCGAGCGUCGGAGCUCUGCAGGAAGACCCGAAGCUACCGCGGUCCAUCGCAUCAAUGUGGGUAUCGAGCAACAUCAGCCACGAGAUCGGCCGCACCCUGCACUGCGAUACUUCACUGCUGCACGACGACGCUCAAAGCGGACUUGCUGACAUCACAGUUUUCGAUGGCCAGACGGACGCCACGGUGCUCAAGAUCCAGGGAGUUGAGUUAGCAUCUCUGGGACGUGGCAGCGGAGCUACAGCGCGCCAGGAUGCGGCAAACAAGGGGGGUGCUGCUAUCACCAGCAAAUGGGAGCAAGAAGUGUGCAGCAAGCUCGUGUGGGGACCCGAUUUGUCGAUUCGAAACCCGCUGGCUCUUGCGCAAAUCAAGAAGCAACUGGUUCCUACCGACUCCGAUGCCGACGCAGAAAUUGCCAGGAAUCUACAGCGCUUGUGCAUUUAUUUUGCUCACGAUGCGCUACAAGCGCUCACCUCAGAGGAAGUAGCCAAACUACAGGAGCAGCCACACUUGGCCAAUUACUACGCAUGGCUACAUGAUUUGACUGCCAAAGCCACCAAGGAAUUGGCACUGGAGGGUCCCCAGGAGCGCCAACAAUGCAUAGCCGCUACGACCUCGCAAAGCGUCGAUGGGAAGUUGGUCGGCCGCCUCGGGCCCCUCCUUCCGUCCAUCCUCCGCGGUGAGCUCAAGUUGGAAGAAGUGAGUGGGUUGCUGAAUGAGUACAAUGCCAACGCGAUGCGUCGGUCAUCAGCACUUAGACAGCUCUCUGCGCUACUUCGCAAAGUUGCACACAAAAACCCAGGUGCCCGCGUCCUCCAGAUUGGUACCGGUACUGGCGCCCACGCGACACGUCGCAUACUGGAGGCGCUUGGCACGCCCAAGACGCCCUUGGUGGCGAGCUGGCACAUUACCGAGCCAUCUUCGGAGUCCCUGGAGGACGCUCGUGCUCAGCUUGCUGACUGGGCUGAUUUGCUCGAGUUCGACCAACUCGACAUCGAGCAGAGCCCAGCCAAGCAGAAGUUUACCCCAGGGAGUUACGACAUUGUUGUAGCCUUCCAAGCUCUGCGCGCCACGAAGAACGCAACCAGUGCCGUUGCAAAUGUUCGCAGCCUGCUCAAACCAAGCGGCACGUUGCUCUUUGCGGAGACCACCAAUGAUCAGGUAGAUGUGGAUUUCAUCUUUGGCCUGCUGCCGAGCUGGUGGCAAGGUGAAGAGUCCGACCGCCCAACCCCCACAGCAUCCUCCUGGGAUAACGUGCUUCGGGACGCUGGGCUUAGCGGUGUCGAUCUUGAGAUCCCUGACUCGGAGAGCGACAUCAUCCAUACCAACAGUAUCAUCAUGUCCACGGUGCCGCUCGUCGAAGACCAGAAAUCCAACCUGGGCAAGGCUAAUAACGGAGAGAGCUUUGUCGUGGUCACCAGCAGCAAGACACCUCCACCACCGGGCUUUGUGGAUCUGCUAUCCCGGCGCAUUCAGGCCUUGAUUGGUGCUGACACUGUUACCCCCGAGCACCUAGUGCUCGAGCAGAGCAGCUUCGACACCUACAAGACUAAGAUCUGUGUUUUUGUUGGCGAGAUUGACAAACCCAUUAUGGCGGAUCUCGACGCAGCGCGUAUGGAAGGCCUCCGUGCCAUGGUCACGCAAUGUAGCGGCCUGCUAUGGGUCACGACCGGUGGUACCGUGGAGAGUGAGGCGCCCGAACGGGCUGUUCACCAGGGCUUCCUACGGGUACUGCGCAACGAGUACAUCAGCCGCCGCAUCCUCUCCCUAGACCUCGAUCCUGCACAUGCAGCUGAGAGAUGGUCCUCGGGUGGAGACGCCGUCGUCUCCGCUAUCGUUCAGGUACUCGAGGAGGGAUUCGGCCGUGCCGACACCGAGGCCGGUCCGACCGAGUUCGAGUACGCCGAGCGUGAUGGUGUCCUGCAGGUUCCCCGGUACUACAAAGACGAGCAAUACAAUGAUAUGGUCACUGGCCCGCUUGUGCCGAGCUGGAGUGAGGUUCUACCAGUGGCCAAAGACGAGAAGGGAAGUAUCGAUGCUAUUUCCAGCAUUCCACUAGAACCCCUCUUCCAGGAGGACCGGCCACUGCGACUAGAAGUGGGCAUCCCGGGACACUUGGACACAUUGGCCUUCACUCAUGACAAGGAGGAGCAUGAAGAAUUGACACCUGAGCUGGUGGAGAUUACCCCUCGGGCCUACGGAGUUUGCUCGCGCGACAUCGUCGCCGCUAUGGGCCAAAUCAAGGAUCGUUCCAUGGGCCUCGAAUGUGCUGGUAUCAUCACACGCGUCGGUACUGAGGCUCAGGCAAAGGGCUACAAUGUCGGAGACCGUGUCAUGGCGCUUUUGACUGGCGCGUCUUUCGCUAGCCGUGCCUAUGUCCCAUGGCAUGGCGUCAUCCAGAUACCGAGCGACAUGGACUUUGUGAACGCCGCGUCGCUUCCCCUAGCAUUUACUGUUGCUUAUGCCGGCCUUGUUGAUACCGCGCGUCUAGCAGCUGGACAAUCGGUGCUCAUCCACGCCGCGGCCGGGGCCAUUGGGCAGGCCGCCAUCAUGCUGGCAAAGCACAUCGGUGUAACCGAGAUAUACGCUACGGCCGGGUCGCAGGAGAAGCGAGACCUUCUCCAGCGUGAGUACGGCAUUCCUGCCGAGCGCAUCUUCACUAGCCGCGACGCAUCUUUCGCCCCAGCCGUUCUGGCUGCCACUAAGGGACGUGGCGUUGACAUCGUGCUUAACUCGCUGCCAGGUCUGCUACUACAGGCAAGCCUCAGCGCAAUCGCGCCUCUGGGCUACUUGAUCGAAAUUGGCAAGAAGGAUAUCGAGGGCAACAGUCUGGUGGCGCUAGAGUCUUUCUCUCGUGGUAUCUCGUUUACAUCAUUAGAUGUCCCGACGUUCUUGCGCCGCCGCGGACCCGAUGUACACCGCGCGCUUGGUGAGAUCGCCCGCUUGAUCGAACAGCAGGUAGUGAAACCGGUUCACCCCGUCGUUAUUUACCCCAUGCAGGACGCUCAAGCGGCUUUCCGCUUCGUGCAGACUGGUGCACAGAUGGGCAAGGUUGUGCUCUUGACUGGAACAGAAGAACAAGUCCACAUGGUUCCUCAGCCGAAGGGGAUCACAUCUCAAACACAACUGCGUCCUGAUGCAUCAUACCUCAUAGUGGGUGGUGUGGGCGGCAUCGGACGCUCAGUCGCGCACUGGCUGGUAGCUCAUGGCGCGAAGAACCUGAUCUUAGUUUCUCGUAGCGCCGGCGACCUUGACCUCGUCAAGAACAAGAACACCGACGGCGCACUAUUCAUCCGCGAGCUUCGCGAGAUGGGCUGUCGAGUGAAGCCCAUCAGCUGCGACAUUUCCCUCGCCAGCUCACUGACCGUCGCUCUCAGGGUCUGCGAAAACGACGGCUUCCCGCCAGUGCGCGGCAUCAUCCAGGGCGCUAUGUUACUACGCGACGCUAUCUUCGAGCAGAUGACACUCGAGGACUGGAGCAGCGGCCUACGACCCAAGCUGUACGGCACCUGGAACCUACACACCGAGUUCUCGCAGCCAGGCUCACUCGACUUCUUCGUCAUGCUCUCAUCCGUCUCAGGCGUGGUAGGUAUCGCCUCGCAAACCAACUACGCUGCCGGCGGUUCCUACGAAGACGCCAUGGCUCGCUGGCGCCAAUCCCGCGGCCUACCCGGCGUGGCGAUUGACCUCGGCCCUAUCUCCGACAUUGGCUACGUCUCGACCUCAUCCAAAGUCGCCGAGCGCCUACGCAAGGAUGGCGACUUCGCCAUGCUCGACGAGGACAUCGUGCUCCGCGCCCUCAAUGCCGCUGUCCUGCACCCGCUCGGCGCCCGCUCCCAAAUUAUCGUCGGCCUUAACUCCGCCCCGGGCCCGCAGUGGGACGUCAACGGCCGCUCGCAGCUCGGCCGUGACGCACGCUUUGCACCUCUGAGACCGCGCAGCAAAGCCUCAGCACGACCCGAUGGUGAGAGUAACGGUGCCUCGCUUUCCGCGCAGCUCGCGGAGGCAAGCGACCCCCAGGAAGGAGCGGAGCUUAUUGGUGCGGCUAUUGCGGUUAAGCUGGCGGAUAUCUUCAUGACGCCUGUUGAAGAGAUCGAUCUUGCCAAGCCCCCCGCGCACUUUGGUGUCGACUCGCUGAUUGCGGUCGAAUUGAGGAAUAUGCUCGUCUUGCAGGCUGCGGCAGAUAUUUCCAUCUUUAAUAUUUUGCAGACGGCGAGUCUUGCUGCGCUGGCCGGGUUGGUCGCGGAGAAGAGCCGGCAUUUGCAGGAUGCCUAG